AUGACAAACUUAGAAAACAUCUGUGGCAAGUUUAACUCCUCAAUAGAGAAUAUGAAACUUAUAGUUUGCAAUGAACUUCAAAGUAUAGAUACAACAAAAGUUUUGAACUCAGAUGCUUUGAAGAGUCUUAUAACAGACAAAGUUGGAGUUGUUGAAAGAAAAUAUAAAGACCAAAGAGUUUGUGAAAAUGUUGCAAAUUUCAUCAUGGUUUCAAACAAUGUUGUUCCGAUGAAGUUAGAAAGUUCUGACAGAAGAUAUGUAGUUGUCAGAACGUCAGAUUCUCAUAUGCAAGAUACAGAAUAUUUUGACGACUUAGCAGAAACUUUGACACCUAACUUUUACAACCACUUGUUCUCAUAUUUCAUGACAUUAGAUAUUUCUAAGUUCAAUCCAAGACAAAUUCCAUAUACCGAAGAAAGACAAACAUUGUUAGAAGCAAACAAGAGUGUAUAUGAACUGUUUAUAGAUGAGACUAACUUUGAGUGUUUAGAUGAAAGGUCAUUGUACGAUUCGUAUAAACAGUAUUGUCAAGAAUAUGGUUAUAUGGCAGCUUCUAAACGAACAUUCUUGGCAAAUGUCAAAAGUCUUUUAGACAUACAGAACGGCGUAUAUACAAAGAAAAAUUUUUAUGAGUAA